AGCAGUAGGCAGCAGCAGCAGCAGCAGCUUCGCUCGCUUCCGCAAAAAGGCAGAGAGUCGCCGACGUCGUCCCUCGUCCUCUCCUCCUCCGAUGAAAACGAUCGUCGACGCCCGUGCGCCGCGCUGCUCGCCCUUUUGAAAACGAUAUAUAUCGUGUCGUGUCGCGUGCGCUAACCUGUACGUGUGUUCUGUCGGUGCAUUUGUGUGUGCGCAAGUGCGUGCGUGUGUGUCAUUUGUGUACGUAUAUAUACAUAUAUAGAUAGAUACACGCAUACAUACACAUACAUACAUACAUCCAUCAUAUAUAUAUAUAUAUUUGCGUUAAAGAAAGAGAGAGAGAGAGAAAGAGAGAGAGAGCGCGCGCGCGCGCGCCUUCUCACUCGUGUCGUCGCCGCCGUCGUCGUGUCGUCGUUUCGUUUCGUUUCGUUUCGUCGUCGUGAGCGUUCGGCUUCUCGCCACGGCCCAUCUCACGAGUCAUUCUCUUCUCGCGUGGACGCCUCAAUUUUUAUAACCUUAAAGGAGUAAGUGAAUCGGUUUUAUCUAUAUUUCUUCUUGGUGUUUAUAUACACAUUCGUGCGACGUGUUAAUCGGAUAACACGUAAAAUCGGUUUUUAAAUAGAAACUUUCUAAUUCGUGGUGUUCUUCUUACGUCGAUCCGUGCGCUCGACAUUGCGAGCCUGUGGGGAAGAGAAAAAAGAAGGAAAGUGCGUAGUAAUCGAUGUGAGGAAAGUCGAAGUCGACGAAUCCCCCGAGGCAACUCGCUGCCAUUGCGAUAGAGAGAGAGAGAGAGAGGGAGAGAGAGAGAAAAAGAGAGAGAGAAUAGAUAGGGAGGAAGAAGGAAGAAGAGAGAGAAAGAGAGAGAGAGAGAGAGAGAGAGACAGAGCGAAGCACGGAACCGUAGGUGGGACAGAGAGGCCAACGCACCGACGACGAGCCGGGAAUUCGAUCGUGUUCGAAGCUCCGUUAGGGAGCUCCAGGGGUGGCAACGGUCUCGCUCGGAAGCGUCGAAGGUGGCGCGAGGGGUGGACGAGUCGGCGUUGGCCUGGCUCUGGUUCCGGUGGUAGCAGUAAAAGCAGCAAAAGCGGAAGCCGCGUUAGUAGCUGAGAAAAAAACUGUAGCAAGCUAUUCUCGGCCAGAGAUAGCAGCAGCAGCAGCACCAGUAGCAGCAGUAGCAGCAGUAAUAACAGGAGCAUCACUCGUGGAAAGACUACUAGGAGCCGGCGGCGGACUGGGAACGCUGAACGUUCAAGAAGAAGAGUGCCAUCGUCGCGAGAAGAAAGGAUCUACCUCGUCUUCUUCUUCUUCUUCUUCUUCUUCAUUUUUCUCUCUUAUUUUCCUUGUCCUUGCUUUCUUACUUUUUCACUUACUAUCCCCACUUUCUCCUCCUACUCCGCUUCCACCUGCUCCUCCACCUCCUCCACCGCCACCUUUACCUCCUAUUACACCACCUCCUCGUACGUCCAACGUUCAACGUAAAAAACUUCACGGCGAGUUUCUAACCUCUUCGGAAGACGAACCAACACCGACGGCGUGACACCGGCGUAAAAUCGGGCCAACAAGGCCCCCCUCCUACCCUUCCCUCGUCGCAAAACAAGCAAAACUCGCGCGUCAAGCGAGACAGUUUUAAUUAUCUGCUCUCGCUUAUUAUACAUCUAUCUUCCAAAUACAACGGACGUAUUCUUACCCUUCUUGAACGGACUAUCGAGAAGUACAGAAAGUCGCAAACACGACGGGCACCAUGAACGAGCUCGACAGCCUUCGCCAAGAGGCGGAGACCCUCAAGAAUGCCAUUCGAGAUGCAAGAAAGGCAGCAUGCGAUACGAGUUUGGACCAAGCGACGGCCGGCUUGGAACCCAUUGGUCGAAUACAAAUGCGUACGAGACGUACUUUGCGAGGUCACUUGGCCAAAAUCUAUGCCAUGCAUUGGGGAAGUGAUUCCAGGAACCUAGUAUCCGCCUCGCAAGACGGCAAGCUGAUCGUUUGGGACAGUUAUACGACCAACAAGGUACACGCCAUCCCUCUACGUUCCUCCUGGGUGAUGACCUGCGCGUAUGCACCGUCGGGUAGUUACGUGGCUUGCGGUGGCCUGGACAACAUAUGUUCCAUUUAUAGCCUUAAGACAAGAGAAGGAAAUGUACGGGUCAGCAGAGAAUUACCAGGACAUACCGGAUACUUGUCCUGUUGUCGAUUUUACGACGACAACCAAAUUGUCACUAGCUCGGGUGACAUGACCUGUGCUCUAUGGGACAUCGAGACAGGUCAACAAUGCACUUCGUUCAUCGGGCACACAGGAGACGUAAUGUCCCUCUCGCUGGCUCCCGAUACACGCACCUUCGUUUCCGGUGCGUGCGACGCUAGCGCAAAACUUUGGGAUAUUCGUGAAGGAUCUUGUAAACAAACUUUCCCUGGACACGAGAGUGAUAUAAAUGCCGUUACGUUCUUCCCUAACGGAUAUGCUUUCGCGACGGGUUCGGAUGACGCUACUUGCAGACUCUUUGACAUUAGAGCGGAUCAAGAACUGGCGAUGUAUAGCCACGACAAUAUUAUUUGCGGUAUUACGAGCGUAGCUUUCAGCAAGAGCGGUAGAUUGUUGUUAGCUGGCUAUGACGACUUCAAUUGCAACGUAUGGGAUUCCAUGAAAGCCGAACGAGCUGGUAUACUUGCCGGGCAUGACAAUCGUGUGUCUUGCCUUGGAGUGACGGAAGAUGGUAUGGCAGUAGCGACGGGCUCUUGGGAUUCGUUCCUUCGCAUUUGGAACUAACUUGGGGUUCCCCCCAAGACGUUCCUCCAAAGAACCAACUGCAGCCAGUCCGCGUACAGUAUAAGUAUUAGAUACCAUCAUCUUAUCACGGAGCAAGCCGGCGUGCCAGCAGUCGCGACAUCAUCGGUCAACGAACCACCGGGUACACCGGAGGUAAAGCUGAUCAGAAAUUUUGGAUAUCCGACGAGCAGCGGUAACGGAACCAAAUGCAGCAACAACAAUAAUAAUAAUAAUAAUAACAACAACAACAACAAUCACAGUAACAACAAUAAUGGCACAAAGAAGAAGCACAAGAAUUGCAGCAAUAGCAGCAGCAGCAGCAACAACAACAGCAACAGUAGUAGCAGCAGCAGCAGCAGCAGCAGCAGCAGCAACGACUCUAAGAACGUUUUGGGUUGUGGUGGUAAAAAAGACUACCGUAGACGCAUAAUCGUCGACUUAACCUGGCGACGCGGCAAAGUCGGCGACAAGGUUACCCGCGAGUAUGAACGCUUCUAAGUCAAACAAUUACCAUCGUUCGGAUGCCGAAUUUGAGACAUAAAUGAGAAGAUAGAAGAAGAAAAAGAUGAAGAAGAAGAGGAGGAAGAGGAGAAAGAGGAAGAAAAAGAAGAAGAAGAGGAACAAAAAAAGAAGAAAAAAAAUAAAGAAAGAAAGAAAUAAGAAGAAAAAUGAAAAAGAAGAGAUAAUGAGGAGGAGGAGGAAGAAGAAGAAGAAGAAGAAGCAGGAAGAAGCUCGAAGAAAUAAAAAAGAAAGGAAAAUGGUGUGAGAUGAGUUUAAUUAAGACAGUUUGCGAAAGGUAGUACCGGAAGUACCAAAAAAAUAAUAAUAAUAAUAAUAAAUAAUAAAUAAAUAAAUAAAUAAAUAAUAAUGAAAAGAAAACAAAGAUAAAACAUAAAAGACGGUCCCUCGUCUCGAGUCGUCGUCGUCGUCGUCGUCGUUGGCGUCGUCGUCGUCGUCGUCGUCGUCGUCGUCGUCGUCGUCGAAACUACUACUCUCGCCCUCGCUCGCGAGAACGCGUUGCUUCCUUGUUUCUUGGUUUCUUCUUUCUCAAGGGAGUUGCAUGAUGUUGUUCAGAUGAUGCAAACCCCUUUGAUACGAGAAGAGGCUUGCUCAAAAGGAAGCAACAUCAGCAGUUGACUCGGCUUGACGAUCCUUUUGAAACAAGAUUAUAGAAGAAGAAAAAGAAAAAGUAGAAGAAGAAGAAGAAGAACGGAUCGUCAACGAGAUUUAGACAUUGAUGGUCGUCUAAAGAAAAAGCGAAGAAGAAGAUAGAAGAGAAAGAAGAAGAAAAAUAUAUACAAAAUGAAAAGAGAGAAAAAAGGAAGAAGACGAAGAAGAAAUGAAAAUAAUAAUAAUAAUAAUAAUAAUAAUAAUAAUAAUAAUAAUAAUAAUAAUAAUAAUAAAGAAAAAAAAAAAGAAAAGAAAAAGAACUUUUAAAUAACCUGACCCGAACGUAAGGUUCCGAGCGUGUUCACUGCCGAUAAAGACGCCGACGCGAGGCGCGACGAGCGAAGUAAAUAAAUAAAUAAAUAACUAAAUAAAUAAAUAAAUAAAUCGUCGCACUCUUGUGUGAUUAUUCGAACGAGAAGGAGGAGGAGGAAGAAGAGAAGAAGAAAAAGAAAAAGGUACUGGCACGUGGUAAAAAAAGUCAAUGUACGAGGAGAAAGAGAGAGAAAGAAAGAAAGAAGCGAUUGUAUCGGAAUAGGGACAGCGGCAGAAGUAAAAGCAAAAACAAAAGCAAAAGUAGUAGCAGCAGCAGCAGCAACAGCAACAGCAAGAGCAGCAGCAGCAGCAAGCAGAGUCAGCCAAAUUCACGAUAAUCUCGCACGUUGCGUUUUCAACGUAUAAACGCACAUCGUCAAACGCGCACGUGGUAUUUAAUUAAUUCCAUUAAAAUAUUAACGGGAGAGAAAAAAAAAACAAAACAACACGAAAAAAAAAAGGAAAAACAAGAAAAAAGAAGGAACUGAGAGAUACUCGCGCACGGACGUCUGAAAAAAAAAUAUAAGAACACA